AUGUAUCAAGGAAGAGUUGAGAAAUCACAUCAUAUUGUAGUUCUAGCAGAUCAGGGACAGGGCCAUAUUAAUCCGAUGCUCCAAUUCUCAAAACGCCUGGCUUCCAAAGGAAUCAAAAUCACUGUAGCCACCACACUCUCCAAUGCAAAGUCCAUGAAAGCUACUUUAUCUUACUCCAUGAUCACUUUUGAAUCUAUUUAUGAUGAUUGCUCCCAAGGCGGGGUGUUGGGUCCUGGAGGUUUCAAAGGAUUUCUAGACAGAUUCCAGGCCAGUGGCUCAACAAACCUCACCAGAUUCAUCUUGGAUCAUGAACAUCCUGUUAAGUGCCUUGUUUAUGAUGCUAACAUUCCCUGGGCUUCCAAAAUUAGUACCCAAUUGGGCAUAGCUGGCGCAGCCUUUUUCACUCAAUCAUGUGCUACUGCUGCUACCUACUAUCCCAUGUACUGUGAGGUUUAUGAAAAGACUCCUCUUUCCAUGCUUAGUUUUCCGGUGGUCACACGAUUGCCGAAGCUCAGGUUUCCGGAUCUGCCAUCUCGCACUGGUCGGUAUCCCCCAAUAAUCAUUCACAUACUUGGCCAGUUUGACAACUUCGGAAAGGCAGACUGGGUCCUCUUUAACUCAUUUGAUAAGUUGGAAGAAGAGGUUGUCAAUUGGAUGAAGAAAGUUUGGAAUGUAGUAACGAUAGGUCCAACAUUGCCAUCAUUUUAUCUUGACAAACGAGUUGAAAAUGAUAACGAGUAUGGCUUCAAUAUUCAUAAGCCAAAUUAUAGCAAUUGCAUGGAGUGGCUUGACAGUAAGAAAACUGGAUCAGUUGUCUACGUCUCUUUUGGAAGUGCAGCAAAUCUGUGUGCAGAACAAAUUACAGAACUAGCUGAUGCUCUCAGGCAAAGCAACAUUAUGUUCUUAUGGGUGGUGAAACCUGAUGAACAGAGUAAGCUUCCCAGUGACUUCAGUAAAGAGACAUCAGGUAAGGGAUUGGUUGUGACAUGGUGCUCACAAAUAGAGGUACUAGCACAUCAUGCAAUCGGAUGCUUCAUAUCACACUGUGGAUGGAACUCAACCUUAGAAGCAAUAAGCUUCGGUGUGCCUAUACUUGCAAUGCCUCAAAUUUUAGACCAAAUAAUCAAUGCGCAUUUUCUUGAGAAAGUUUGGAGUGUAGGGUUGAUAGCUAAAGCAAAUGAGGAUGAAAAAGGUGUCACUGCAAGUGAAGAGAUAUACAGGUGCAUCAGGGAAGUUUUAGAAGGAGAGAGAGGAGAAGAAAUUAGAAAGAAUAUUACUAGCUUGAAAGAAUUGGCUAAGGAAGCAAUUGACACAAGUGGAAGUUCAGACAAGCAUAUUGAUGACUUCAUUUCACAGCUUGAUCCUGCCUACUUGAGACACAGAUCGAACUACAACUGA